CAUUCUGAAUUUUACCAUUGACGGAAGCGCACAUUCACGGUGAAUACUCGGUCUCAGUUAUCGCAUGUUUCAAAUGGUUAUCGCGUUUUAAUUGCAACGUGCAGUACGCUAAAGUUUGUGUGUAGAAAAAUCUUAAUGUUGACAUUUAUUAUAUCCGUCUGAUACUUUGAGGAUCAACGGUUGAUACACGUAACUAUAAGCACUCGCCAGUGUGUGAUUUAUCUGCUAGACAAGAAGAAAACCCGAGAUGACCGGCGCAAUUGAUAUUCUUCUGAAAGUUCGUGGCCAUCAGCGCGUACCAUCUGAUACCAAAGAAUUUCACGAGACUACAAAACGUGAUGCCUUGAUACGUUUGCGCAAAGAUCUGGAUAAUCUGCUGGCAACGGCCGAUGAUUCCAGAAAGCAGAUCCUGCAGAAGGAAAUGUGUGGCUUUGAAGCGUUGUAUCAUCGUUUUCUGCAGGAAGAUGGACCAUCCGUAGAGUGGGAUCGGAUUCAGAAGUUGCCCCAAGAAGCGGUGAAAGAUUAUUCAAGCUUACGAACACCACAAGAAUCGGAAAUUCGUGGUAUGCUGGACAAGCUGGUUGUUGUUAAACUGAACGGUGGUCUGGGAACGUCCAUGGGCUGCCACGGACCAAAAAGCGUUAUUCCUGUACGCAGUGAUCUGACGUUCUUAGAUUUAACGGUGCAGCAAAUCGAACAUUUAAACAAAACGUACAAUGCUAAUGUUCCACUUGUUUUAAUGAAUUCCUUUAACACUGAUGAGGAUACUGAAAAGGUAAUCCGCAAGUACAAAGGCUUUCAGGUUCAAAUUUAUACCUUCAAUCAAAGUUGCUACCCUCGCAUUAGUCGUGAUUCAUUACUGCCAGUAGCAAGAGAUUUCAAUAUAGAAAGUGAUAUGGAAGCGUGGUAUCCACCAGGUCACGGUGACUUUUAUCAAGCUUUCCAAAAUUCUGGGUUACUUAAGAAGUUUAUUCAGGAAGGGCGAGAGUAUUGUUUCCUGUCUAACAUCGAUAAUCUUGGAGCCACAGUAGAUAUAAAUAUUUUGAAUCGAUUGCUUGGAGAUGACCGCCAAGGUGACAAACCAAUUGAAUUCGUAAUGGAAGUAACGGACAAAACACGCGCUGACGUCAAAGGUGGUACACUGAUUCAGUAUGAAAACAAAUUACGUCUAUUGGAAAUCGCUCAGGUUCCUAAAGAACACGUUGAUGAUUUUAAAUCCGUGAAAACGUUCAAAUUUUUCAACACUAAUAAUAUUUGGGCUCGAUUGGAGUCAAUCGACCGCGUUUUGGACGCUCGGACUAUGAAUAUGGAAAUUAUUGUUAAUAAUAAAACUCUUGAUAAUGGUAUGCGUGUUAUACAACUGGAAACAGCCGUGGGCGCAGCGAUGAAAUGUUUCGACGGAGGAAUUGGCAUCAAUGUACCGCGGUCGCGUUUCCUGCCAGUCAAAAAGACGUCAGAUUUACUGUUGGUAAUGUCCAAUUUGUACAGCUUAAAGUAUGGAUCUUUGGUGAUGUCCCCACAGCGCAUGUUUCCUACAACGCCACUGGUAAAGCUAGGAGAUAACCAUUUUAGUAAGGUCAAAGAGUUUCUCGGUCGGUUCGCUAAUAUACCGGAUUUGAUAGAAUUGGAUCACUUAACUGUAUCAGGAGACGUCACAUUUGGUCGUGGUGUUUCAUUACGAGGUACUGUCAUUAUUAUUGCAAACCAUGGCGAUCGAAUUGAUAUACCAGCCGGCGCGAUACUGGAGAACAAAAUUGUUUCUGGCAAUAUGCGUAUAUUGGAUCAUUAAACGUUUUGAAAUGCAGUAUGUAAUUGUAAGAAUCACAUAUACCUACUCAGGAUUUUCUGUAGAAAAAAAAACAAAGAAUAUUAACUUUUAGACUUUGUAGUGCAAUGUGCCGCUAACAUAGUAGAGGAAGGUUGAAAAAAUUACCAACUUACUAACUAUUUUGGCUCUUGUUUCCUGUCAUCACCCAAAACCAUUGAUUUUAAAUUAGAAUAAUAUUGUAGAAUUGCUCAAAGCAUCAUAAGUUUUACAAUUUUGCCGUACAAUUAAACAUAAAUUAGAAUUGUUAUUUCCGUUUAUUGUUAAAUAAUCAUAAUCGUGAAAAUAUAUCUACUUUUGUCUUUACUCUAUAAUCUUAGUUUCGGUUUUUCGCUCGAUCGUAAAAAG